AUGGAUGAAGUAACAGAAGCUACGCCAACCGCCACCCCACGCGUCGUAGCUCCCCCGGCGCAGUUCCACUCGCCAUCUCUAACUCGGUCGCCGUUACUCGCUAGCGACGACCGAAUAGAAACGGUGAGCAAAACCCCGAAAUCGUCAAGCCCUAGACCGAGAUUCAAUAUCACUCCUAUUGGAAGUCCGAUUAGAAGAGCCCUAAACCUAACGAGGCUCGACCCGCACGACGCCUGGCUUCCAAUCACCGAGUCGAGAAAUGGCAACGCGUUCUAUGCAGCCUUCCAUACGCUCUGCUCGGGCAUUGGAAUCCAAGCCCUUGUGCUUCCCGUAGCCUUCACCAUUCUUGGAUGGGCUGGAGGAAUUAUAAGCUUGACAGUGGCUUUCAUAUGGCAACUUUAUACUUUAUAUUUGAUGGUUCAACUUCAUGAAUCUACAGAAACUGGGUUGCGAUAUAGUAGAUAUCUUCAUCUAUUUAGCGCUUCAUUUGGCAACGGGCUUUCAAGGCUAUUGGCCUUCUUCCCUAUCUUGUACCUAUCGGCGGGAACGUGUAUAGCUCUGAUAAUCAUCGGAGGCUCAACCUCAAAGACAUUCUUCCAAAUCGUCUGCGGGACUAAUUGCAACGCCAAUUACUUGACUCCGAUCGAGUGGUACUUAGUGUUCACCUGCGCCGCAGUGCUCUUGGCCCCGCUCCCCAACUUGAACUCCAUUGCAGGGGUGUCGUUGAUCGGAGCCAUCACCGCAGUCGGCUACUGCACUUUGAUAUGGGUGAUCUCCGUCGUGAAGGGAAGAUUGCCCGGCGUCUCCUAUGAUCCGGUAAAGCCCCCAGCCCAAUUGGAAAGGGCCUUUGAGGCUUUGAAUGCUCUUGGAAUCGUUGCUUUUGCUUUUAGAGGCCACAAUCUCGUCCUUGAGAUUCAGGGAACAAUGCCAUCGAGUGAAAAACACCCGUCGAGAGUGCCAAUGUGGAGAGGGGUGAAGUUUGCAUAUUCGCUCGUAGCUAUUUGUCUCUUUCCCCUCGCCAUUGGAGGCUAUUGGGUUUACGGUAAUAAGAUACCCAGAAAUGGAGGGAUGCUUACAGCUCUAUACGCCUUCCAUAGUCGCGACACGUCUCAGUUUCUCAUCGGCUUAACGAGCUUGUUAGUGAUAAUCAACGCCGUGAGCACGUUCCAAAUCUAUGGCAUGCCGAUGUUCGACUCCAUUGAAGCAUGUUACACCAAGAGGAAGAAGCAAGCAUGUCCAUGGUGGCUAAGAAUCAUCUUAAGAACGCUAUUCGGCUUUACAUGCUUUUUCGUGGCGAUAGCGAUACCGUUUCUCGGGAGCUUGGCGGGGUUGAUCGGCGGCAUUGCGCUGCCAGUGACAUUUGCUUAUCCAUGCUUCAUGUGGUUGAAGAUGAAGAAGCCCAAGAAAUAUGGAAUUGUUUGGUGGGUUAAUUGGGUGUUGGGAGUUUUGGGGAUGGGGCUUAGUUUUGCUAUGAUUGCAGCUGGGAUUUAUGUGGUUAUUAAUACAGGUGUUCAAGCAAGUUUCUUCAAGCCUCACUAA